AUGAUUUUCUUUUCUUUGUCCAUGUCUUAUCUAUUUCUUGUAGCUUACUUUUUUUUUAUUAUUAUUUGUGUUCAUCAAAACAUUUCUUUAUACAAUCAUUCUUUCUAUCAGGCAACAUUUUUUCCCUUUGCUGUUUUAAUCACAAAAUUUCGGCCACUGUACCCCACGACAUAUACCUUGUUUUCCUCUUUUUUCUUUCUUUCUUUCUUUCUUUUUCAGUUUUCUCUUUUUUCUUUCUUUCUUUCUUUCAAUUUCCUCAAUCUUUCUUUCAUUCUUUCUUUUUCAGUUUCCUCUUUUUUCUUUUUUCUUUCUUUCUUUCAGUUUCCUCUUUCUUUCUUUCUUUCUUUCUUUCUUUCUUUCUUUCUUCUUUCAGCUUCCACUUUCUUUCUUUCAGUUUCCUCUUUUUUCUUACUUUUAGUUUCCUCUUUCUUUCUCUCUUUCAUUAUGUUUCCUCUUUCUUUCUUUCUUUCUUUCUUUCAGAUUCCUUUUUCUUUCGUUCUUUCUUUCAAUUUCCUCUUUCUUUCUCUCUUUCAUUCGGUUUUCUCUCUCUUUCUUUCUUUCCUUCAGUUUCCUCUUUCUUUCAAAUUCCUUUUUUCUUUCGUUCUUUCUUUCUUUCUUUUAGUUUCCUUUUUCUUUCUUUCUUUCUUUCAAAUUCCCCUUUCUUUCUCUCUUUCCUUCAGUUUCUUCUUUCGUUCUCUCUUUCUUUCUUUAUUUCUUUCAGUUUCCUGUUUCCUUCUUUCUUUCUUUCAAUUUCCUCUUUCUUUCUUUCUUUUUACUCUUUUCAUUUACAUUUUAUCCAGUUUCCCAUCCUUAAUUUUCUUUCCUUCUCUUUGUUUUUCUUUCUUUCUUUCUUUCUUUCUUUCUUUCUUUUCAUUCUUUUUAUUUAUAUUUUCUCCAUUUCCUCUUUCUUCAUUUAUUCAUUCAUUCUUUCUUUCUUUCUUUCUUAUAAGACAUUUUCAUUGCUUACUCUUGCAUUUAGUUUCCAACUUAUAUUAUUUGUUCAAAAAUAGUGAUAUAUUUCUCUCUCUCCAUCUCUCUCUUUCUAUCCUACACACUCUCUGUCUCUUUUUAUCUCACACUCUCUCUCCUCUAUAUCUCUCUUUCCAUACCACAUUCUCUUUCUCUCUCUUUCUUUCUAUACCACUCUCUUUCCCUCUCUCUUUUUACCAUACCCUCUCUCUCUAUCCCUCUCUCUUUCUUUCUAUCCCACCCUCUCUUUCUAUCCCUCCCGUCUAUCUCUUUCUGUCCCACAAAUUCUCGCUCUCUCCUUUUUUCUAUCUGACCCUUUGUCUUCCUCUUUCUCUCUCCCACUUUCUCUCCUCUCUCUUUCUAUACCACCCUCUGUUUCUCUCCCCGCUCUCUCUCUUUGUAUACCAGCCUCUCUCUCUUCAUCUCUCUUUCUAUCCCACCAUCUCUCUCUUUCUAUGCCAACCUACUCUCUCUCUCUUUCUUUCUAUCUCUCUAUCUCUCAUUGUCCCUGACUUUUCCUUUAGGCUGGUGUUUCCCUUUUCUUUCUUUCUUUCAUUCUUACAGUUUCCUCUUUCUUUCAUCUUUCAGCUUCAUCUAUCUAUCUAUCUAUCUAUCUAUCUAUCUAUCUAUCUUUCGUUCUUUCAUUUUCCUCUUCUUUUUUUAUUUCUUUCAUUCUUUCGUUCUUUCUUUCAAUUUCCCCUUUUUUGUCAUCCUUUGAAUUUCCUCUUCCUUUCUUUCUUCUUUCAGCUUCCUCGUUCUUUCUUUCUUUCUUUCUUACUGUCUUUCUUUCUUCUUUUCAAUUUCCUCUUUUUUCUUUCUUUGUUUCUAUUUGCAGUUCCCCAUUUCUUUCUUUCUUUCUUUCUUUCUUCUUUUCCCCUUUCUUUCUUUCAGUUUUUUCUUUCUUUUUUAUUUUCUUUCUUUCUUCCUUUCAUUUUCGUCUUUUUCUUUCUUUCUUUCUGUGUUUCCUUCUUUCUUUCUUCAUUUCUUUCAAUUUCCCCCUUUUUCUUUCAUUCUUUCAUUUUCUUCUAUCUUUCUUCAUUCUUUCUUCUUUCUUUCUUUCUUUAUUCCUUUCAUUGUCCUUUUCUUUCUUUCUUUCUUACUUUCUUUCAGUUUCCUCUUUCUUUCUUCUUUCAGUUUCCUUUUUCUUUCUUUCUUCAUUUCAAUUUCCUCUCUUUUCUUUCUUUCUUUCUUUCUUCCUUUAUUUCAGAUAACAUUGACUUACGCUGCGCGGACCAAGGAACCGAGUAA